AGUACUUACAAAGAAAAGCCAUAUUCCUUACUAUAAUCUAAAAUACAUUGAUAUAUAUUCAGUAUUGUAUGCUGCGACUGUUACACAUGGAAACAACGAGAUUUGAUGGUAUAGAUGGCUUCUCGGAGAUUUGCAUAGCUCUGGGGUUGGAGGAAUAUGAGAAAACUAAUUAUUCAUCCUCACCACCCAAAAUUCUACAAAUUGUAGCUUAUCUUCUCGAGAAAUCGAUUCAGAAGAAUGAGAGAUUAUUGCGAGUGAAAUCAAGAAUAGAAGUUGAGAUUAUUACAAUCUUCCACGGCUCAAAAGCACCUGCCAUGAGCAUGAAACGGUAUGUUGAGCGCAUAUUCAAGUACUCAAAUUGCAGCACGUCCUGCUAUGUUUUUGCAUACAUUUACAUAGAGAGAUUCCUUCAGAAACGUGCCAGUUUUUACUUGACUUCUCUCACUGUUCACCGGCUUUUGAUCACCAGCGUUAUGCUUGCUGCAAAAUUCCUCGAUGACGCGACUGAAAGCAAUGCGUAUUAUGCCGAAGUGGGAGGAGUGAGCACUGAAGAAAUGAACGAGUUAGAGAUGGCGUUUCUGUUCAGUCUGGAGUUUAGCCUUCUGGUAACCGCCGAGGAUUUUGCACACUAUUGUCAAUAUCUCGAAGUCAAGGUUGCAGGAGAGAUUAUCGGACUUAGGAAUUAAGGUGUGCGGAGCAUCCACGCACCGAGACAUGAAACCGGCAGUUGCAGGGCUAUGUAGUUGAGAGUCAAGUGCGGUUGGGGUUAGGUCAGAAUGAGGGAACCUGGAACCGAAAUUAGAUUUAGCAACAUGAAGCAUCACACGGGAAAAGGAACGUAAUAGCAGCCCUGCCUAACAACAUUUAUUGGUCGCAACAAGUAUCGCCUUUUCAAUAUGUAAAAUUUUGAGUCUUCCUUUUCUUGUAAUGAAU